AUGCCCGAGUCAUCAGCUCUCAGCUUUGACCUCCUACCCGAUGAGAUCAGACAAUCUUCCGCCAUCGGCGCAGAAGUCCAGCUGCCCCCGGGAAUGCCCCUGUUGGACCUCGAUAGCCUAACUGAAAAGGACAAAGAAGUUCUCCAGGAAGAACUUUUCAGAAACCAGGUUAUUGUCAUCAGGGGACAGAAAGGUAUCGACCCAACCGUCUUGCCUCGGCUCGCCAAAGUUUUCGAUCCAAACGCGUCCGAUAUUCAUUCGGCUGGAGAGAAAGCUGUGAGCGACCCAAGGAAUAUUUUGUCAGCAUAUAAAGCCGGCAGAAUUCCAAGGGCUCCCCAAGUUGGAAUAAUCGGGUCGGGAAAAUUCUGGGAUUAUGAAGGGUUAGACGAGUUGGAGGUGGACGAACUGGAUGAUGGCUAUACUCGUCCAUACAGGUGGCACAUGGAUACCCCGUUCUAUGAGCGACUUCCUGGAGAAGUUACCAUCUUGCAUUCAAUUCGGAUCCCCAAUGUACCAGAUCAGAAAAUUAAGUUCCCAGACGGAAAGGAGAAGAGCAUCGGUGCUGGGGCGACAGCAUUUUUCUCGGGCGCUCGUGCAUUUGCACUUUUGACACCAGAAGAACAAGAGUUUGCACUCAAUACCACAGUCACUUAUGCACCUCAAGCAUACGAAUACAUCCGCCAAUGCAAAGCCUCUGAUGAUGGCCUCACUAUUCCCACCUUGGGAAAAGAAGUACCGGUGGAGAAGUUAUCUGAAUGGGCUUGGGAUAAAGUUGCAGAGCACCCAAUGGUUUGGCGAAGCCCAAUGAAUCCCGAUCGGCCUUUCCUCCAGGUCCAUGGUUGCUGUGUUUACAAGCUCACCACCAGAAACCCUAUGACAGGGGAGGCCACGGUGGUGGAUGACGUGGAGAAGGCCAGAGAGGUGGUAUACAACAUGCAAAAGAAGAUUUAUGCGGCCGAAAAUAUCUACGCUCACAGAUGGCAAGAGGGAGAUGUGGUUAUCUUCCACAACCGUGGUGUCAUGCAUAGUAUUACUGGUCAAUUGGCGAAGUACAAGGAGGAGGAGGAUAAGAAACGAAUGUUGUGGCAAUGCACGAUGACAAGCACCACGCCUCCUAAGCCCUUCCGGGACUAUGAGGGCGUGAAUAACACAGGCUACGUGAGGGUAUGA